AUGGCCCAGCCCGCCGCCCAGCAAAAUCGUGCAAUCCAUCGCAUCACUGGCCCGAUUUGGGACAGGAUAGCCGGCUUCGCCCAGGAGAGCACUGCUGCGGUAGAGAUCCUCUACUCCUCUGACAACACGGGCGACGUCGUAUGCACAAUCAGUGCUCCGGCCGCCGCUGGCCUCCGCACUCUUCUCAGCCUCCGGCAGGUCAAUCACGUUAUUGGAGAUGCCGCCGAGCGGGUCCUAUUCAACGGCCGCCUGUUCAAGUUCCUGAACCUGCUACACUUAUCCUUUUUCUACGUCGUGUACCUUCGCGGCCGCACCCAUCUGCUCUGGUUCAUCGACGUCCAAUGCGUGUAUGCAGUUUCCCGCAGUAACCCGGUCAACGCUCUGGUUUGGGCCGAUAUCCAGCACGCCAACCCUCGUUCAGUCACUCUCCGCCCGGUCAUGGAACCCCUCGCCACCUUUUUCCACAGAGCGGUGAAGGCCCAAACCGAAAUAUUCCCAGACAUCCCUGCCACGCUCCUCGACCUGCGCAACGUCAACGGCGACUAUGUGCUCAGAUAUGACGUCGAUACCAUCGUGCACCAUCCAGUCAUCGACCCAGAUACCACUCCUGACUUCUUCUUCGGCCGCCCUGCAGCUACCACAGCUGGCGUUGCUAUCCUGAUGUGGAAGUUCGAGAGAAGGCGUCCAGGCGCGGCGGCCAGGGUGGAUGGAACUUUGGGCCCCUGGGAGGCGCUCUUGGGCGUGUAG